AUGCCGGACAAGCGCCUUCGAGGCUCGACUCAAUACUCAAGCCACCCCCCAACGGUCCGAGCUCGAGCCCGUCUGGAGAAGCUGCCCGAGGAGAAACGUCGCUUCGAGCUGGCCAAGAACAGGGAGUACAACUCCAUGUGGCAGUCAUGCACUCGCAUCUCCCGCCGCGAGGAAUACCGGCUCGCAUCUCUGGAAGGUCGACGAAACAUGCUGAUUUCAAACCUUCGGGGAGUCAUGGAUAAACGUCGCGAGAGUGGCAAAUUGAUUUGCGGCGUCGACGCAGAAGUCAUGGUUAAGCGCCACCUUCGCAAGGAAGCCGCCCUACGUGCCGCCCAGGACGGCUCUAGGCAUGUCCCCAUCGGCCUCCAAGGGGUUUCCGUCGAAGCCCGGCUUGAUCGUCUUGACCAGGAGCCACCGUCCACCUCGGAUAACUGGCUUGAAUCGGAGGGAGGUCAGAGUCCCAACAUGUUUGAGCACCAGCCAGUCCUGGGUGAUUAUGUGGACGACACGGACGUCACUCAGCUUCACGACCAGCUCGCAGAUACGGAGCGAGGCAUGCGGGAGUUGAUGAGGAUCCAGAUCCACCUCACUCGCGUGGCCGAUCAGACACUCUCCGUUGUCUCGACACUGGCAGAGAGUAACCGCCGUCUGGACGCCAAGCUGGAGUACGUGAUCCAGUUCCUCCAGCACACUCCUGGCCCUUCCCGAGUUGCCAUGCCCCACCCGUCGACGAGCUUCACUCCUCACAACGUGCCCAUGGCCCCGGCGAUGCAGCAGCCCAUGCACCCUAUUCAAGCGGCUCAGCCCGAAGGUUUCCUUCCCAUGAACAACUUCGAUCCGAAGUCGCUGCCCGAGCAGCAGCAGCCUCGGCAGAUGGAGCAGCAAGCCACGCAAUAUAUUCAUAAUAUGGCAAGUAUUUAA